AUGCUGCGCUUGGUCGGCCGUGCCACACGCUGCUGGGGGGGAAAACGGGUGCUGCCGGGGCCAGAGGGGGCACCCCGGGGGGCCCAGCACCCCAUGGCCACGCAGAGGGCAUGCUUCUCCAGCGCUGCCGUGACGGGUGCCUGGCCCAAGGACGUGGGCAUCCUGGCGCUGGAGGUGUACUUCCCCGCCCAGUACGUGGAGCAGGAGGAGCUGGAGCGGUACGAUGGUGUGGAGGCCGGCAAGUACACGCGGGGCUUGGGCCAGCAGCAGAUGGGCUUCUGUGCCGCCCACGAGGACAUCAACUCCCUGUGCCUGACGGUGGUGCAACGGCUGGUGGAGCGCGGGCGCCUCUCCUGGGACGCCAUCGGCCGCCUGGAAGUGGGCACCGAGACCGUCGUCGACAAGUCCAAGGCGGUCAAGACCGUCCUCAUGCAGCUUUUCCACGACUCGGGCAACACUGACGUGGAGGGCAUCGACACCACCAACGCCUGCUACGGGGGCACGGCCUCGCUCUUCAACGCGGCCGCCUGGGUGGAGUCCAGCGCCUGGGACGGUCGCUACGCCGUGGUGGUGUGCGGGGACAUCGCCGUCUAUGCCACAGGGAACGCGCGGCCCACAGGAGGUGCCGGUGCCAUCGCUAUGCUGGUGGGACCAAACGCCCCGCUGGUGCUGGAGAGAGGCCUGCGGGGAACCCACAUGGAGCACGCCUACGAUUUCUACAAGCCGGACCUGGCCUCCGAGUACCCGGUGGUGGACGGGCAGCUCUCCAUCCAGUGCUACCUGCGGGCGCUGGACCGCUGCUACGCCGUGUACCGCCGGAAAGCGGAGAGCCAGUGGCAGCAGGCCGGCGUCCAGCGGCCCUUCACCCUCGACGACUUCAAGUUCAUCAUCUUCCACACGCCCUUCUGCAAGUUGGUGCAGAAGUCAGUGGGGCGGCUACUGCUCAACGACUUCUUGGCCACCCCAAACCCUGACACAGCUGCCGGCCUCUACAAGGGGCUACAGUCCUUUCGCGGCGUGAAGCUGGAGGACACCUACACCAGCAAGGAGGUGGAGAAGGCGUUCCAGGCGGCCAGCCAGGAAAUCUUCAACCAGAAGACCAAGCCCUCCCUGCUCCUCUCCUCCCGCAACGGCAACAUGUACACACCAUCCAUGUACGGCUGCCUGGCUUCCCUCCUGGCACAGUCCUCAGCACGGGACCUGGCCGGCUCCCGGAUCGGCGCCUUCUCCUACGGCUCGGGGCUGGCUGCCAGCAUGUUCUCCCUCCGCGUCUCGCAGGAUGCAGCCCCGGGCUCGCCCCUGGACAAACUGGUGUCCAGCCUGGCCGACCUGCCGGCUCGCCUGGACGCCCGCAAGCGCGUGGCCCCGCAGGACUUCGCCGAGAUCAUGAAGCGGCGGGAGGAGACCCAUCACUUGGCCGACCACGCUCCCCACGGCUCCCAGGCAGAUCUUUUCCCCGGCACCUGGUACCUGACACGGGUGGAUGCCAAGUACCGCCGGGAAUACGCCAGGAAGCCCGUCUAGGGGGGACCGGAGGGGUGAGCCUUGGGGAGGAGGGGGGAUGCUCUCCUCCCCGCCAGCAUUCUGGCUCACCCCCAAAUCCAGGACUGGCCUCUGCUGGAAACUGGACACUUGGAGGGCUGAGAAGCAGCUGGUAGUGCCUCUGGCCCUGGAGCUGGUGGAGAUGGUGGCAUUUUCUGCACAAACCUGGGUGGCACAGGGGAAUAAAGGCGCGGAUGAGAGGGGGCA